ACGAGCUCCCGCACCGCUGCCCGUUGCUAAGAGGCCCAACCUGACCUCGAUCCGUGAGUUCUUUUCGGACCUUGUAGAGCGUCGUGACCGUUACGUCAUGUACACGAGGGAGGCCGGUUUCCGCGUCGUGCUAACCGCACUCAGCACCUGUUCUUUCAUCAAUGCGAUGGUCAUCACCUUAGCGGAGGACGAGAACAGCGACUCCGCGACUGCUGGAACCCCCAACCGCGGCCCUGACGAGGCGGAGAGAUCUGCCAUAGUGACCACUACCGCCACAGAGACACUCGUUGGACCCAGUGAGGUGAGAGGACGCCGUGCUUCGAAUGCCACGGAGUACACUGCGGUUGUUGGCCUCUCCCCAGAGACUGCUACUGACGACUUCCGAACGACGAUUGAACCCACAGUGACC